AUGUCCUGCGACAACUGCAAGAGCGGCUUCAAGUGGAACGGCCAAACCGUUGGCAAGGAAACUAAGCUCAACAACGCCAAUGCCUACGUAACCGGCGACAACAAAGACGCCGCUAUUCUUAUCAUAACCGACCUUUUCGGCUGGACACUUCCGAACGUCCGCUUAAUCGCAGACCACUACGCACAAGAAGCCAAUGCAACCGUCUACGUACCCGACCUUUUUGACGGCGAAGUCGUAGACCCUGACGCGCUGUCCGACCCAGAAAAGCAAAAGAACUUCGACAUUGGCGCCUUCCUCGGCCGCCACAACAAGGAAGUCCGCUUCCCCGAAAUCAAGGGCCACGCGCAAACCCUCAAGUCGCAAUACAAGAAAGUCGCAGCUAUUGGCUUCUGCUACGGCGGCUGGGCGGCCUUUAAGCUUGCUGCCGACCCUGCGCUCGUCGACGCCAUCGCCACUGCGCAUCCCUCGUUGCUCGAGAAGUCGGAAAUUGAGAGUGUUAAAGUGCCAGUGCAGAUUCUCAGCCCCGAAAACGACUUUGCGUACACGGCAGAGCUGAAGCAGGCUACGUUUGAUAUUCUGCCUAAGACGGGUGUGCAGUGGGAGUAUAUUUACUUCCCAGGCUUGACGCACGGAUUUGCGGUGAGAGGAAACCCUAAUGAUGCGGCGCAGAAGGCGGGGUUGGAGCGGGCGAAGAGGAGUGCGGUUAACUUCUUCAAGGAGUUUUUGCACUAG